AUGGUCCGCGGCGUACUAAACGCAGACGGAGGGAUGAAAAUGAGUCUCCAAGACCAACGAACUGGUGGUCUUCAUCACAUGCCAGGAGAGGGCCAGGAUUUCUCCAUCGUCGGAUCCGGGGAUGUUGAUUUUGACGCUGAUUCUCUGCCUAAUUCGCCUACGUUGAGUAAUCUUCAUGGAACUCAAAAUGAGGAACAGGAGCGAUCGAAAUCUCAGCAAUUAACUCCGAAUGAGAUGAUGGCGCCGGUGUCAGCUGUGCAUUCCAUCUCUGAGAUCUUCUUGAGAACCCCCACUAAAGGCGACCCUAAUGGUGACAUAAUUGCCCGCGGCAUUGUCAAUGAAGAACUUGCUCGUGUUAUAUAUGAAAGAUUCAUCAAUGGAAGCAAGAACUUUCUCCCUCUAUUUGAUCCCAUCCGAGACACCUUCGACUCUAUUCGGUCUCGUUCUUUAUUUUGCUUUACCGUGAUUAUUUAUCUUGCCAGUCGCGCAGUGCUUGAUUUGCGUAGCAACACUCAUAUGCAGCGAGUCCUACAAGACGAGGCACAACGCCUAGCAGAGGAUAGCUUUUUUGAACGACCCACCAAGUUGGAAACUGUCCAGGGAAUGAUUUUGCUGGCAGCUUAUUCAGAAAAGACAUGGUUUUCAAUUGCACUCAUUUUGCGCACUGCUUUAGACUCGGGCUUGGAGAAGUCGCUAGACACACUACUGUCCCAGGAAAAUAUACCCCGGAGCUCUAUAUCAGCGUCUAUGGAAGAGCGUCAGCUAGUAUGGCAAACGAGGACCUGGUUGAUCAGUUUUACGUUGGAAUUAGACGUGGCGUCUGGUACUGGCCGCAAAUCACGCAUUGCUGAACUCGAUCCUGCAAAACUACGAAAGUUUCUUGAUUACCCGCUUUCUUUGGCCGCUGAUAUGCGUACUGUGAGUAUAUUCGAGCUGCAUCAGCUACGAGGCCAUGCACGUGUGAUUAUUGAAAAUACAUCCUCCAUCUCAGAUAUUAUUUCCAGGGAGCUCCCGGCAAUCAUGGCAAUGCUUCAAGAAUGGUGGACGUCGUGGGACCAGACUCACGACCAAAAUGGGUUUCAUGCCAAUGCUUUUCAACGCAGCAGCCUAAAACUUAUGCUUCACUAUGCCAGGAUAUUUGUUUUCUGCAUCUCACUGGCGCGUAUCCAAAAGCUACAACCCACUUACGCGAACUCGAAUCCGGAAACCAUUGAUGAAGAUGUCAUGGAUCUAUGGAGGUCACUUGUGACCACAAUCAUGGAUCAAUUAGCAUUUUUGAUCAAUGAGUCGUCCUACCGGUAUCAACUGACAUGGGCGCCCACAUAUCCCGCUUUAACGGUGGCCUUCGUUACCACUUUUGCCUUACGAAUUGCGCGAUGGUGCCCCAGCCUGAUAGACCAGUCCUUGCUCCUAGAACGAGCGGAAAAGAUCUGUGAUUUCCUGAAACAGCCACCGUAUCCGGACAUUCACCGCACAGUGUCGAUUUUCGUAAAUUAUGCACGCGCCUUGAUUGCAAGUCAACGCCAAGAGAAUAACGACAACUCAGAAGUACACGUCUCCAAUAUAAACGACACGUCAGAACAAGGCGAAGAAAGAUCGCCGCCUUCAUACCGUAGAGGAGCGGCUACCGAGAAUCUUGUGAUGAACCCCCCUUCCAUUCCUCCUCCUCCUCCUCCAAUCGGAGUUAGCUCUUCACUUGACGAUCGAAGCGGUCAGAGCAGCAUGCAGAAUAAAGAGUUCAACAUGAUGCCCGCUGAUUUAUCUUCCGCGGCCAGACCACCACCGGCGCCGUCGGCAGCUAGACUGCCCGACACGAUGGACGCUCCUAAUUGGACCAUGUCCAACUCUAUAGCAGAUUCAUUCGGUCUUUUUGAAGAUGGACAGAAUGAUAUAUUUGAUUUCCUCCCGACGAUGCCAACGAUACCGUAG